GCAAAGCGAGCGCGCGAGAUGCCAUGGAAAAAGGGAUCAGGACCACGCGCUGAAAGCUCCUCUUUAGCCGUAGUUUCACAACACGGACUAAUACAAUGCAUGGAAUUUGUGUACAUUGAUUUUAUAAAUGAGAAACUGUGAGGGCUGUAAUGGCAGUGAGCACCUCGGACCCGCUGUUCCACCCAUGUGUGUACCAUGACGCGUUCAAAGUGGAGCUACAGGUGAAGCGCCCCCUGAUGCCCAUCCAGCUGAGCCCGGAGCAGGUGGGGUUGGAGAUGCUGUGUUUGUGCGGACAGCUGGACCUCCUCAUCAGGGCGCAGACUCAGCAGUUUCAGGACCAGCUGGAGGGCGGCUGUAGCCCGGAAGAAUCGGACACUUUUCAGAUUCAAGGAUCAGAGAUUCUUGAUCAGAUGCUGCAGUGCCUUGAGCAUCUACCAAAACCUAUGCCACAGCUGGAGGAUUACUUGGAUUUGAUUGGCCUGUCCGCAAUGUUUCCACGUGUAGAAGUUUUCUUAAUCCAAGGCAGCCCUGUGGAGAUGCUGGAGAGGCCCCUUAUGGACGACUAUUUUUCUCACAUCGCCAAACUGAAUCAACUCUUAGUGCUAAGUCAACAGCUCGAAGAAGACAUCAACCAUCUCGGGAGUCAUAAAUACAUCGCUCAUCAGCUCUCGGUCGUAUAUCAAGUAAUCAGUUCAUUUAGAGGAAUCAAAGUAUUUUCCGAGAUUAAGAAGGAGAUCGAAGCGAAUUUUAAACAGCUGAAGCAGUCGCUGGUGGCAGACGAAGGGUCAAGGCACGAACCUCAGUUGUCCGCGCAGUACGUUUCGUGGAUUUUGGAAAUGACUCAGAACAUAACGUCGAUGGUGUUAUCGCUGCCGGAGGAGCUGACCGAGGACCUUCACCCAGCUCUCACGUUCAUGGCCCAGUUCUUGUCUUGACCCUGACGUGUUUCUCAUGAACAACAAUAUAAACCC